AUGUCUUCUCUAGACUGGCUACUUGAUCUAUACGCCGUGGCCAAGACAUCUGGUAGCGGUAUCAUCACUGACGAUACUCCUCUUGAAAAUCAGCUUCCACCAAACAAAGACCCAUGGUAUUCCGCGUCCGAGGAAUGGGAGUCCAAAAAACCUGGCGAUGUUCUUCGCAUUCGUUCCGCAUUGAACCUGGUCAGAAUCUUGGAAGGCUCCGCAGCUGUGUAUCAUAUCCUUUACCGCUCAAUAGACUCACAGGAUUGUCCAUCAUGGGCUGUCACCACGCUCUUCAUUCCAAUUUCACUUUACCAAUCUCCAUCUGGAAAAGCAGCCAUUCUCUCAUACCAGUUCGCGUACAACACUUGCAAUGUUGAUUACAGCCCGUCAUUUGCUUUAUCUGGAGUAAUGGCGAGAAGUGAACCGAACCUUGGUAUCAAAUCGAGUACUUCUUUGACGCUGCAUUUGGCGCAAGUGCCCAAGCGGGCCGUGCGACUCGACGCGUUACGAGCUGUUCAUAAUGUUCUCAGUUUGGGGGAUAAUUCUGGGUUCAACGCUGCGAUAUGGGGAUAUAGCGGUGGCUCAAUCGCUACAUUCGUAGCGGCCGAGCUGCAACCAUCCUACGCGCCAGAGCUCAAUAUCUCAGCCGCUGUUGUCGGCGGACUCGUGGACGACAUAUCCGCCGCAAUGGACAAGAUCAACAAGAGUCCUAUCGCUGGCACUCUGAUUGCCCUCUUACUAGGAAUCACAGCGCAAUGUCCAGCAGAACGGGCUUACCUAGAAAGCCGUCUUAUCCCAGAGACGAAAGAUGGCUUCAUGUCGACCGUGAACACGGAACUCACUCAAAAUGUGGCCAAGUACUCCGGACAAGACAUUUAUGCGUUCUUCAAAGGUGGAGGUGAAGAUCUAAGAGCUCCUGUUUUGCGAGAGCUCUAUCAUAAGCAAGCAAAGCUGGGAUACAGAGAAACGCCCAAAAUGCCCAUGUUCCUGUACAAGGCUAUACAGGAUCAGUUCUGUCUCAUUGAGCUCACUGACGCGACGGUUGAUAGACUCUGUGAGAAAGGAGCGGAGAUCACAUUUGAGCGGAAUACAGUAGGUAGCCAUGUUUCUGAGAUUGAGAAUGGGAAACCAAGGGCGUUUAGGUUUCUGAAGAGUAUCUUUGAUGAGUCGUACCAGUCUCCUGCAUCGAAGCGGAAUGUGAUGGAUGUCACGGUUGAUGUUUCCUCACAGAACAAGUGA